AUGCGCAUUCAAUUCAAGAAAAAAACAUUCUAUGUGAACAAAUGGGUCUCAGACUAUGGUAUUGGUGACCAUUACCUUUCAAAUGGUGUUCAUGUAAGACACAGGGAAACAGGUGUCAUUGAAAAACUUUGUCAAAGUUAUGGCUUUAUUGAGUGUGCUGAACAGGAUCUUCGAGUGUUCUUUCAUUACAGUCAGUACAAAGGACAUUCAAGUGAACUGGAACUUGGUGACUGUGUGGAGUUUGAAGUGACAUCAGAUUCUCGUAAGGGUAAACCAAUUGCAUGUCGAGUGGUGAAAUUAGAACAAGGCUCUGUUACAUUUGAAGAAAAGAGCGAGGAAAGAGUUGUUGGUAAAGUGGAAGUUGAGGGCAGGUUGUCGAGACACAGCUACCCCAAACAGCAGUUAUUUCGCAAUGGCGAGUCCGAAUGUGGUCGCGUUAGUUAUGAAGUGAACGGAGAAUUGUUUUUUCUUCCAUAUGAUCAAGCUUAUGUUUUAUCAAAGUCUCUUAUCUACAAAGGUGAUACUGUGUCUUUUUACAUCCUGGAAAACAAAAGAAAUGGACAGUGCUGUGCCGUGGAGUUGUUGCUGCUCGAAGCUUUGCCUCCUGUUUACGUUCAAGGAAUUGUCUGCUCGCUCAAGGAAUCUUUUGGUUUCAUCGACAGAGCUGACAAAGUGAACGAGAUAUUUUUCCACUACAGUGAAUUUCUUGGGGAUAUUGGUGAUUUGUUGAUAGGAGAUGAUGUCCAGUUUGCUGUACAAAAUAGAUAUGGUAAAGAAGUUGCAGUCUCAGUGGAGCGUCUACCAGAAGGUACAGUGAAGUUUGAUGAUGUUAGCAAAGACACAUUUCAAGGCACCAUCGAGAAAGUACAUUGUCGGACAAAAAGACAGGAACCGUUAAAUGGUGUGAUAUUGUACAACACAAGCGAUGGUAGUUCACAGCUGCCAUAUUGGGAGAAAGAUGUCUUGGGGGAGUUCACCGUCUUGACUUGGGAUGUUGUUGGUUUUAAAAUUGCUACAGAUCGGCGUGAUUCUUUAAGAAGAGCAACGGAAAUUCAUCUCAUCAAGGAAGUGGAAAGCAGCAAUGGAUGCAAUGUCAGAGAAAGAGAACAAGAAAUCAACUUUUCCGAUGAAGUGGAGUUCAGUGUCGUCGAGGAUCACGUGUCCGGAAGGCUGAAUGCGGUUUGUGUUAGAAUCUUACCACGGGGAAACAUAACUCUCCAGGCGGUGGAAAUGAUGGAGCUUUUACUGAUGCAGUUGAUCUCCUGAUUGGUUUUUAUUCUUGUCGUAUUGGCUGUUCGUUAGGAUCAAUAUAAACUCUUGUACACGAACGUGCAGUAAAAUGCGUGUUGAAGUUAUUCGACGACUACUGACAACAUUUGAUGAGAGUGAAUUCUUGACUUGCAAUUUAGCCAUUUAGCGGUAUAAUAGAAAAGAAUAUUUUAUCAGUGUUAUUAUUGGCACCAGCCAACUUGUGCGAGCAACAUUGUUUGGUAAAUCUCAAGAGAAUGGUUGCAAGUCAAGAAUAGUUCUGAAUUUAAAUAUAAAUUAAAAUUAUCAAAUGCUCAAAUCAAACACUCUGUAACGACUGCUCACUUUCAUGUCUCAAUAUAUAGGUUAGUUUAACAACCGUUUGCUUGUUCAUUAAAAUUAUUUAAGAAUGAUUGUAAUUUGUAUAGGAAAAAUAAAGAACUUAGCUUUUAGAAAGGAAAA